CUAUCAGUUCAGAACUCAACACAUUUUUUUUAUAAUCCCUCCACGUUCGUUGUUCAAGGUGACGUGACGUACGUGAGAUAUUCGUGCUCCUUAGAUUUUCGAAAACGUUUAAUAGUGCACAUUGCACAAGAAAAUUAUCCUACGAAAGAAUACAGAGUGCCCACUCACUGAAACAUGAAAAUAUUAGGAAACUAAUAAAAUCUAUUACUCAAGAUGUAUUGCACGUUAAAAAAAUGCAUCUGCAGCCAUGAGGCUGUAAGGGCCCUAAGCACAGGUGAAGUAUCUACGGCGUUGAGACCCUUCUAUUUCUCUGUGCAUCCCGACUUGUUUGGCCAAUUUCCCACACAGAGGACUGUCAAUGAAAACUCUUUGAAGCAGUUGAGUUCUUUGAUUGAAACUCUGCAGCAACGGAGGCCGAUUAGACCGACUACGCUGCCUUUCUAUCUACGCUCAAAAGACGAAAAGGAAGUCAAGGCUGGAAAAUUUACCUUGGUGAAAAUACAGUUGGCAGAUCGUGAUGUCAGGGAAACGAUUCUUUGCAUACUUAAGGCAUGCAAUCUUUCUACAAGUUUCGUUGAUAAAAUAGAAGAGAAAAAACCACCAAUUUCAAAGCUGAAGUCACAAAUUUGGCAGAGGUAUCGGGGAGAUGAUAGCAGAAUUGACUUUUCUGAACUCGAGGAUGAUCCUAUCUAUGCUUCCAUUGUUAUGAGGAGGAAAAUCAAUUUGGAACCUGACACAUUCAAAGCAUAUUUAGAAAAGCAUAGUAACGAAGCCCUUGUGAAAUUAGAGGCAUGUCGACCCAUCCGCGAGGAGGUGUCCAAACUGGAGAAGGAAUUAUGUUCAGACUUGGGCUUGAAGAAAAUCGUUUGGGAUUGUGGCUGGAAUAUUGCUCACUAUCGCGGCUGCCUGUUAGCCUUCCUGGCACUCUCCAAACACCAUCCCGAGCCCAUGAAAGUUCUCGAGGGUAGAAUUCUAGUCUUUGCUAAUGACACGGGUAUCAAUUUGGAGGGAAAUGUGAUGUUGAACUCUGGUGAAGUGCGGCACAACUGGCUUGACCUAGUGAAGAAUGUGAAAAAACAAGAUGCUGUUCUGCUGCGGCUCCCUGCAUUUGAAAAGGCUGUCUCUCAAGUUCUGCUUGGCAUCAAAGUUGGAAGACGGGUGCAAUUUAUGUGCAGGAAAUUCAUGCCGAAGGUCAUGGUGGAUCAGUACGAACAACAGUUGCGGCAGUUAACGACUACUCUGAGUGACUAUCGAUGCCGUAGAAAAUACCCGACAGAUUGGCCCGAAGAUUUAAGCUCUUACGAAAUUGUAGUCGAAACGGAAGCUGGACCUCUGAUGCUAUCGCCCACAGGACAAUUCAUUGUCCCAUCAUCCUGCCCCAGUUUUCUAUUAAUUAGCUUCAUCACAGAAAAUUUGAAUGCAGCUACACAGAGACUAAAUCAUUACAACAGAGUGAAACACGUAGAACGAGAGCUUCACAGAAAAGUAGCACUUGAGCUAGAGCUGGCAGCACUAGAUAAAGAUGAUAGCAUAACGCCUGAUCUGAUGAUACAGUGCUGCGAACGCCUUUUGCAGAACAAAACUGUUCUAAUGCCAAUGCUUUCUGGGAUUAGGCUGUGGGUCACUCACUACUAUUCAGUUAUGAGCGAUGGAGUCUUAUGUAUACCAUGGGACUGGAAAAUAUGAUAUAACAAUUUUUUCAUGAUUUUCGAUAUCACGAAAAAACUUUCAAUAACGGUUCAACUAUAGAGCAUAUUAUUGUAAUUAGUAUUUGUUGAAAUUUUUUUUUUUUUAUUCUUAUUUUAAAUUUUCAAAAGUUUACCUAAUUUGGUAUAUCUCUUGAUGUGUAUUGAACAAACUUGGAAUGUUUAACUAACAUAAAUUAGUCAACAAAGAUUCGUUUAAAUCGAAUCGUAAUGAGAUAAUUCUGUGCCAUUCUUAGUAAGCAAAAAGAUUUUAAUUUAACACUUUAGCAAAUUAUACUUAUAUCUAAUUUAGCAACGAAACUGUGGUACUAUAAGUCAUAACUGCACAAAGACAGCUUCGUACCCCAGUUUUAGUAGAUUACUAACAUUUGUAUUUGUUCUUGAACUGUGUAUACGGCAUUAGCUGUCGCGUAACCUUGCAAACGUUUAUUAACGCAAAGUGAUGAACAAAAUUGGAAUGUCGACUACAUUCUGAUCAAAUUUGAAUCCUAAAGGGUGCAAUUAUGGUACAUGUAAAUACAUUUUUAUAAAUAAUGACAAUAUUUUUCUCAGUGUAGCUAUGUAAUCUUGCGAGCAAAGUAUAUCCAUUGGGUAAUGUGUUUUUGAUUUACCAAUUAUGCCUAAGAAUAAAAACAAAGACUGUAAAAAUUAUUAAGAAAAUAUGUAUAAAGUUUAACUUGAAAGAUCGUCGGCAAAUCCAAAAUAUGACCCAGUAUUGAUAAAUUUUUCACCUACAUGAUUGAAAACGUUUUAUUUAAAGUACAAACUUCAAUGUCUUUCUUAACAAGCUCAAUUUUUGUACCAGUGCUGUGUAGGAAAAGAGAAAAAUACACCACAUUAUGUAUGCCGUGUGCUCAUGAUUAGCAAAUAAGGACCUUGAAUACAACAUGAGCAAUAGUGCCAACAAAUAUUGAAAUAACAUAACUUAAUUUUUCUGUGAAACUGGAUAAUAGCUUAUAUUUUUCUAAGCUUGUUCUAACAGGCUGAUGUAUAAAAUGUUAAUUGCAUCUAACAAUAAGUAGAAAUGAUGAAAUAAUUGACAAUACCCAUACUACAUAAUUAUCUUGUAAAUAAAUUGAUCUCAUUA